UAUACACAACGGGAUCAGAAGAGGAAGUCUUUUUCCUUUCUGUGUCUCUAUUUACUCAUAGUACAAAUGAUGUUUUUAUUUGAAUUUUUUGAUUCUUUCUUCGAGUAAUGUACUAAAUUUUUUAGUAUUGUCCUCUUGGACAAGAUAUAAUGUCUGCCUGCGAACUUCAACCCGAUAAUACUUUACAAAACAGCUGAAAAAUGGAAGACACGAACGAGGAACACCAAGAAAACUAUCGUCUCGUUGUGGCCAAACAUCUCCUGAAUGAGGAAUUAUCCAAGAACUCGCACUUUAGGAACAACCAGGACAACCGUAUCAAGACUACCAAGUAUACAAUAUGGACGUUUCUUCCCAAGAAUUUAUUUGAACAAUUUCACAGAUUUGCAAAUAUUUAUUUUCUGUUCAUUGUAUGUCUCAACUGGAUGCCGGCCAUCAAUGCUUUUGGAAGAGAAAUUGCAAUGUUGCCUUUGAUUUUUGUGCUGUCUGUGACAGCUAUCAAAGAUCUGUUUGAGGAUCGGAGACGGUAUAACUCUGACAAGAAGGUUAACAAUACAGUUUGUAAGGUUUACGACAGUUCUAGUGAUCAAUAUGUUCCUUCUAAGUGGAAAGAUAUGGUGGUUGGUGAUAUAGUAAAACUAUCAAUCAAUGAAGUGAUACCAGCUGAUAUUUUACUGCUAAACUCAAGUGCUCCUCAUGAAAUUUGUUUUAUUGAAACUGCUAAUCUGGAUGGGGAGACCAACUUGAAGCAAAGAGAAAUAGUUAAAGGACUAAAUAAGGUUGAGAAAUUUGUACCAAGGAAUUUUGAUUAUAAAAUCAAAUGUGAAGAACCAAAUAAUCAUAUUUACAGAUUUCAUGGAACUUUGGAAUCAUCACAAGAUGGAAACAAGCUUUCUAUAGACAGUCAUAAUUUACUUUUAAGGGGAUGUGUGGUUCGCAAUACUAGAUGGGUUGAGGGAAUUGUUGUCUAUGCAGGUCAUGACACUAAAGCUAUGCUUAACAAUAGUGGACCACGCUACAAGCACAGUAAAGUGGAGAGAGACAUCAACUUGGAUGUUAUUGCUUGUGUGGUUAUUUUAUUCAGCUUAUGCUUUCUCUGUGGAGUAGGUUGUGGAGUAUGGACACAAAAGAAUGCCUUUUUUAACUCCUAUUUUAGUCCAGGAGGAGAGAAAAAUCCUGCAAUGGAAGGAUUUAUCAGAUUCUGGACAUUUAUUAUAAUAUUUCAGGUUCUUAUUCCAAUCUCACUAUAUGUAUCUGCUGAAAUAGCCAAGCUAGGUCAGGUUUAUUUAAUAUCACAAGACAGAGAGCUGUAUCGUGAAGAGACAGACCAGCCAGUCAUCUGUCGUGCACUAAAUAUCAAUGAAGAUUUGGGUCAAAUAAAAUAUGUUUUCUCUGACAAGACUGGAACACUCACAGAAAACAAAAUGGUCUUCAGGAAAUGUACUAUUGGGGGAACAAACUUUCAUCACACUGAACGAAAAGUUAUCCAAAGAAAGACUGCAGGAGAUGUUGGUGACAACACAGAUGCUCGCAGUCCUCAGCUAAGCAAAGCCUCUGAUGAUGAACUCUAUGUUGAGCAACCAAAAGCAGAGGAAGAGCCACAAGGAGUUCACUGGGACUCCAAACUGGCAAUGGCAAUAGCAGCAGAAAGCAAAGCGAACAUGUAUGAAGGACGAAUAUCUUCGUACCUAAGAGAGUUCUUCAUCCUUCUAGCCAUAUGUAACACUGUUGUAGUUUCACGCCAAUCUUCAUCACCAAACUCUCAGGAGAAUGAUCAUUCGGACAACGCACAGCACAUAACAGUGAAUAGUGUACAGAAGGGUAUCAACAAUGUAGACGGGGGAAAUUCAGGUAUAGCAGGUGCUUGCUCAGGAUCCAAUAUGGAACAUGUAGAACCACAAGUAUCGUCAAAUCUUUUUGUCGACGGAAGCCAGACAUCAGAUAAGGGCCUCGUAAACAAAGGACUUGUACCUUCACCCGCAAAGCUAAGUCCCAAAAGGGAAGACUCUUAUUUAUUCAGUUCUGACAAUUCAAAGAAUAAUAGUAGUGUGGGUCAUAAGGCGUCAGAGAAAAUUAACAUCGAGGAUGUUUUAUACGAGGCAGAAUCCCCGGACGAGGAAGCCUUAGUCAAGAUAGCAAACUCUUAUGGCUUUAAGCUCAUAUCUCGUAGCCCUAGUACUGUAACGGUACUAAUACCCAACGAAGGACAAGUCGACUUCCAAGUGCUACAUGUGUUAGCAUUUGAUUCUUCUCGUAAGAGAAUGUCUGUAGUGGUUCGUCGAGGUGAUGGUGAGAUCCUUAUGUACUGUAAAGGUGCUGACUCAGCAGUUAUGCCGCGCCUAUCGCUUGGUCACCAUCAGGGAGGUGAUGAUCAGACAGAUGCUGGAGCAGAAGGAGAAGAAAACCGAGGAAAGGGGAGCAGAAGACUAUCAAUAGCCGAGAAUACCGAUAACCAUUUGAAUCUCUACGCUAGAGAUGGGCUGCGAACUCUAUGUAUGGCCAGGAGGGAGCUGACCGAAGAGGAAUAUCAGACAUGGCUAGUAGGACACAGGAAGGCAGAAACAGCUCUUCAUCAUCGUGAGGAACUCCUUCGAGAAUCCGCACACGAACUGGAGAAAAACAUGGAGCUUCUUGGUGCUACGGGUAUCGAGGACCGUCUACAGGAUGGCGUACCAGAAACUAUUGCUAAGCUCAGAAAAGCCGGAAUUAAAGUCUGGGUGCUCACUGGAGACAAACAGGAAACGGCCGUUAAUGUUGGUUACGCUUGUAAGCUUCUUGACAGCAACAUGGAAAAGAUCAUCUUGAAUGCAAAGUCAAGGGAUGAGUGYAGUAGUCAGAUCUUCUCUUGGUUAGCUCAUUUAAGGCUGGAUACUACAGUUUGCUGCGUUAAMAGUGGAUCAACAUCAACCAGUGUACACGAAGAGGUCCAUGAGCGUACUGAUCAGCCCUUGGGUCUUGUCAUYGAUGGCCGUACAUUAAUGUAUGCUCUAGAAAAAUCCCUUAGCGCCAAGUUCCUUAAACUUACGUCCCAUUGUCAGGUGGUUCUUUGCUGUAGGGCCACACCAAUCCAAAAGGCAUCAGUGGUACAGUUGGUACGUGAUGGUCUCAAAGUCAUGACACUAGCCAUAGGAGACGGUGCUAAUGAUGUSAGUAUGAUCCAAAUGGCUGAUGUAGGUAUUGGUAUCACAGGRCAAGAAGGCAUGCAAGCUGUCAUGGCCAGUGACUUUGCUAUAGGAAGGUUUAGGUUCCUUACACAGCUACUACUGGUCCAUGGGCAUUGGUGCUAUGACAGAAUCACCAAGAUGUUUCUUUAUUUCUUCUAUAAGAAUGCGGAUUUAAAAAAGGCUUUUGAUACGGUGAAUCGCCGUAUCUUAUUGAAAAAGCUAACUGAAUAUGGAGCUGAUGUAUUAUCUGUUAAAUGGUUUAAAUCAUAUUUGCACAACCGCCUACAAAAGACUGUGAUUGGAAAUACCUCCUCAUCCUUCAGGCAAGUUACUUUUGGUGUUCCACAGGGUAGUGUGUUGGGCCCAUUACUGUUCCUAGUCUACAUCAAUGAUUUGGCCGACUGUCUGAUCCACUGUGAAAUCUCGCUUUUUGCUGAUGAUACAGCAAUCUACUGUUCAGCAUCAACAGCAGAUGAACUUGAAAGAAAACUUAAUGAAGAUCUCUCAUAUAUGAGAAAAUGGAUGGACAAGCAUAAAUUAACUCUCAAUGUUGUUAAAUCAAAAUCUAUGGUUAUUGGGGGACAUCAACGCUUGAAGAAAUUUGAGUCUAUAAAUCUAGUGGUUAAUCAGCAAUUACUAGAAACCGUUGACAAUUUUAAAUAUUUAGGUGUUGUUUUYAAUAAGAAUUUAAGCUGGGAAGACCACAUUGAUUAUAUUCAAUCUAAAGUAGCUAAACGCUUAGGAAUUCUUAAACGUAUUAAGCACUUAUUGCCUAUUAGCACCAGAAAAAUCGUAUAA